AGCUACUGUCCGUACUCUGCCAUCUGUUUCCUCGCUGUCACGACCAUUAGAGCAUGCCUGUGAGGCGGAAUGAACGAAUCGCCUCCCAGCGAGAUAAUGAUAGGCAUGCGGUCGCUCGCGACUCCCUGUCUCGGAAGUCGCUGAAAAAAGUAUCCAGCUCUGAUUCGUCUUCAGACAGCUCUAGCUCUUCGGAUGAUUCUGAUUCUGACGCAAAGUCGACUUCAUCAUCGUCCUCUUCUUCAGGUGGUAGCACACGAUCACAGAAUCAGAUGAAGAAAACGACAGCAGCUGUUCCGGCGACAGAAUCAAAAACAGUCUCAAAAGUUUCUAAGCUGACGAAGACCCUCUCCGCUGCAUCCAGCGCGACACUCACUACUGGCGGCGAACAUGGCGAUGACGACGACUCAACCUCAGGCUCGGACUCAAGCUCGAGUGAGGAGGAGACUGAGGACAAAAUAGUCAAGGAGAAGAGUAAGAAGGCGGAUAGAGAGAAGAAGGCCGCAUCAAGCUCGAGCUCUGGCUCCGGCUCAAAUUCGGACUCGGACUCUUCCUCUAGCUCCCGCGGGGAAGAGGCAAAAGAGGUGAAGGGGGACGCCACAAAGAAGGAAGCUGCAAAAAAGAACAAAAAGGCUGAGAGCAGCGACAGCGAGUCGUCAAGCUCCAGCUCUAGCGAGAACAGUAGCAACGACUCCGACUCCGACUCUCAUUCAAGCUCAAGCUCAGGUUCCAGCGAGGAGAAGACGAAGAAGAAAAAGACAGUCGCAGAGCUGAAGAAAAAAGCAAAGAAGAGCAGCUCGUCAAGCUCGAGCUCGAGCGAGGAAGGUUUGACGUCCGACAUUAAUCUCAGCCUAAGUGACUUCAUCCUGAAGGCGCUUGGCGUAGAUGACGUCGUCCUGAAGGCGGUUGCAUACGCAUUUGUGGCCGAUCCCGAGGCUAAAGAGGCGUGGUGGCGCGAGACGAUCACACAGUACCAGACACGUUUCUCUCACCAGGCACAGAAAGAAAAUGGGGC